AUUGCCGAAAAGAAUGACUACCUACAAAUUACCUCACCAGCCUUGUGGAGCCUCGACGACUUUGCUACCUGGUGUGGCUCUUGUGAGGUGCUGGAGGGGAGCAAGGUGAAGAUUGUGGAUCAUAUGAAGAAAAGGCUUGAGAAAACAAAGAGUAAUAUAUAUAUUAAGGACGACAUGCGAAAGAAGGCAACUGAUUUGUAUGAGGACUUUCAGAGAUGUUGGAUUGAGCCAGAGAACUGUUUGUCAACUGGAAGAUCGACUGUUUGUCUAUCCUUCUCUUUGGUCUCCUAUGGCACACUAGGAACUGUUUGUUACCGGUGUUGGACUAAGAAAUGGAAAUUCACAAAAACAACAGCGGAUUUUUUUCAAGAGCUUUCGAUUCAAUAUCAAACCAAAAAACAAUUAGAAUUAGUUGAGAACCAGAAAGUCAUCGAGUUGGCCGAAAUCGAACGCAUGAAGGUUACGCAAUUAAAGAAUAACACAGAAUCAGUAAUGAAGAUUCAUCAGCAUGUUGCUGACGGCUUUGUAGAAUUCAGCAAAGAAAUGAACAGAAUCAAAAAACGCAUAUUAGAAGAUAGCGAAAGCAAUUCUAGUGAUAUUGAAGACACAACAUCAAUUAAGGAUGGAGAAACAACAUCAACUAAACGGGCGAAAUUAAGUGAUCAAAUAUCUAUAAAUUCGGAUUUUACUUUUGAAUCGAUUGAGAGCACAAAUUAUGAUUUUGGUCUUGGAAAUUAUAAAGAAGGUACAGAAAUCGAUCCCGAUCUAUCUUUUCAGGAAACCGAUGAAGAUUUAACAAUGCCUGCAUCUGAACGAUUCUUUAAUGAUGAUACUUGGAGACAUCCUCUCAGACCUGAAGUCUGGGGAAUCAUUCAUUGUGGUUUUAAAAUCGCAAAACUGGGAUGGUGUAGCACUGACGAUUAUGCGGAAAUUCAAAGGCUCACAAGGCGAGCAACUGUUUCUAGUUGUUCAGAGAUUAUAUCUAAGCUUUUGAAAUUUAAAUCACUUGAUUCCUUAGAGAAAAGCUUAAAGGAGAUUCAGCUUUUAAAUAAUUUUAACGACAUUAUCAAGGAAGACAGCAGAAAGCUUAUUUUAGAUGAACUUAAAACAAGUGAUAUAUUGUUUCCUCUUAAAGACCCUUUUGAAAAUUUUUUUAUUAAAAUUUUAUCAAUAUUUCAAUGGGAUAUCUUUCCAGAUGAUUCGGUAAUUCAACAGCCAAAUGUAUCAGAAUCGAAUUAUGGAAGUUACAUGAUUCAUCCUUUUUUGAAAUGUGCGCUUUUUGGCAUGGAAAAGUUUUUAUAUUAUCAUGCAGGAGAGAUAGCCUUGUCAUCAGUCAAAUCAUGCCGUGAAAGAAGAAAAUGUAACACCUUGUUUGAACAAAAAGCGGAUGGAAUUUUCUUUACACGAUUGAAGAAAUCUUUUAUUGAAAUUGGACACUUAGAAAUGAGUGGCGGGUAUGGUCACAAAGAUUUCUCUCGGUCAACUUGGGAUGGUUGUUGCAAGUUGCCGAUUGGUAAUGCGUAUAUGCUGGAAGAGAUUGGGGAACGAUUUCGAGGAGCGUCGUGUGAAACAUUUUCAAAAAUAAGUGUCUUUUCUCUGCACACUUAUGAGAAUCGGAUUGAACUUUGGAGAAUGUAUGUUCCAUCUUGUGGUGUUUUACAAUAUGAACGAACACAUAGGGCAACUGUUCCUAUUUGCUUCGAAGAUGAGCGAAAGUGUAUCUUUGAUUUUGUUGUUGUCUUGUGGGAUCUCAGGUGUUGGCUACAGGAAGUUACUGAAGUUAUUUAUAAACUACGUGAAGAACAUAACGAUUCAGAUGUAAAUGCGUCUAAUCUUUCUUCGGAUAUUCUUCCACCCCACCCAUUUACCCCGCAAAAAGAUAUACACAAAAAGGUGUCACAACCACUUAUGUAA